GGUUAAUGGUUGGUUCGUUGGCUGUUGGGAUUGAUAUAUUUUCAAAAAGAUAUGCCCGAUAGCCCCGAAAAAAGUGCCCCAUUGAAAUGGAAUCACCCAACGGAUGUUAUGAAAUUACACAAAUUGAAACUUAGGAAAAAAGCCCUACAAGCCAGAAUCAAUGGUAGUCAACUGAACACCACAAAAGCAAAGUCAACAGAAUGUCCAUUCGAAAAUAUAUUCGCCAAGAAACGGAAAAAUCCCUUCUUGAAAACCGGUGAUCAAAAGAGAAAUAAAAGUGAACUGAUCGUUCCUCUGGAGGAAUCUACAGAUCAAACAUUAUUCAAGCUUCUAAAUCAGAAGGCUUCCAGCUCACAAACAACUUCACUCACAACAUUCAAAAACGUACUAAAUAAUAUAAACAAUGAAAAACUUCAUGAAGAAGUGGAAAUUGUGAAGGCAAAAGGUGAAACUUGGCUACCCAUAGACUGGACUCUGAAAAGUAAAGUGAGGCUUCUAUCUGCUAAACCAUUUCCCUGGAACCAAAAACUGAAGAUUGUUGAAGAAGCCAGUGGUGUAACAGCAUUCACCAGGUGCUUGAAUAGUAAUACUGAAACAAAUUUGGACACAUCACCAAAUGCAAAGUUCCAUCAAUGUUGUUUGUAUUGGCAACAACCUUGUUUACCCUGGUUGUCUCUCUUUCCAAGAAGCUCAAUGAAAUUGCAGGAAAACAGUGCCAGUGUAGCAGUGAACACUUCUAUUAGGGACAGCCUGCAACUAGCAUGGUCAGACAGUUUGCGGUCAUUAUUCCAGUUGAUAAGAACAAGACAGUGUCCAUAUUUCUAUGCUUGUGCAAACAAUUUCACUGUACUUUUUCGUGCUGCUGGAAUUUGUGGAUUCACUGAUGUUCAUGCUCUUGUGUCACCUACAACAAGGGGUUUCAGACAGCUGUUGAGGCAAGAGGAAAUAGAUUUCACUAUGCCAUUGAAGAAAAAGAGGGACUCAGAUGGGGGGUAUGAAACUCUUGAUUCAGUUGCUGGUGAUAAAUUAGAGGGGGAGGAGGAAGAAGCUCCUGAGAGUUGGUUGAAAAGUAUGGGCAUCAAUGAGGAUGACAUCAAACAAAUCAACUACACCCAGGAAAAACUGAUUCACAAAGCGGAAUGCGAUGUCGACAACAGCGACCAAAGCCUGGUGGUGGUGGAGGGUGUGGAGGUGCAUGCCUUCUACAACUUCCUCAUCAACUGCAAAAGCUCGACAGCAGUGACGGGCCCACUGGCCGGCAUCCCUCCCACCCUGUUGGCGCCGGUCGCCUUUCAGGGGGCCUCGCUGAACGCGCUGAAAGUGCGCGAGAGCAAGGUGCACGUCGACGAUGCCGACUACUACUCGUUAGACCUGUCGGGCCCCAUUCUGCCUAGCACCCUGCACAAUUUGUUCGCGAUCAACUCGCCCGAGCACAGCGUGACGGCCACUUUCAGCAACGUCAGGAGUACCGAGUGUUUCAGCAGACUGAAAAAUAGCGAGAGGAGGUCUGACGUGCUGAAAAAGGGGACAGCGGUAUUCGGCAAGGAGAACCUCUCGGAUUGCGGGCUGUUGCCCAAGGUUUUGAGUUUGUUUUGCGAGCCUGACGACAGCUGUGUGACGAACGUUGAAUGUUUGAAGUACACUAGUGAGAAUAAGACUUAUACUUGGUCGUAG